GGCACAAAUUAAAUCCGGCGAGUGUCGUAAGGAGGGUUUGUGAAUUCCCUACAACCAGAGCAUAUUUUUUCGUAAGAUUGCGGUUUAUUCCAAUAGCAUACAAAUCAAGAACCCCAACUUGAUGGCAUCCAACGAUUAUUCCCAGUCUGCACCGCAGGGGUAUGGUGCCUAUGGAGGUCAGGCUAGUCAGAACUACAACCAGCCUGCAACGCAGAGCUACAACCAGCAGAGCUAUGGGGGCUACAGCCAGAGCUCGGAGAGCAGCUCCUCAUCCUACAACCAGGGGGGCUAUGGCUCUGGCUACGGCCACUCGCAGACAGGUGGCUAUGGCUCCCAGCCGACUUCCCAAGGCUACAGCCAGCCCAGUCAGUCUUACGGAUCAGGGGGGUACAGCAGCAAUCAGCCACCUCAGAGCAACUACAACCAGCAGUCGUCUUACCCAGGAUACGGGCAGCAGGCGUCCACCGCAGCCUCCACCACCAGCUAUGGCAGCAACUCCCAGUCUUCAAGUUAUGGGCAGUCCCAGGGUGGAGGCAGUUACGGGAGUCAGAGUAGUGGCUACAGUGGCAGCAGUGGGCAGCAGCAACCAUCCCAGCAUGGUGGCGGUGGCGCCCCCUACAGCCAGGCCCCCAGCUACAACUCGCCACCACCCCAGGGCUAUGGGCAGCAGAGUCAGUAUGGCCAGGGAGGGGGUUAUGGGCAGGAUGCCCCUCCCAUGGGGGGCAGUGGGGGUGGCGGUGGAUACGGAGGCCAGGAUGGGAGCUACGGCAGCCAGGAUGGCCGCAGCGGCCGUGGACGUGGAGGCGGAGCUGGAGGCGGAUUUGGGAGCAGGGGUGCAGGUGGCUUUGACAGGGGAGGUCGCGGGGGCCCUCGGGGACGAGGAGGCUUGGGAAUGGGCGAUCGAGGAGGAUUCAAUAAGUUUGGUGGACAUAGAGACCAAGGACCGGGAGGACCAAACUCUAUGCAGGACCAGGAUAACUCUGACAACAACACCAUUUUUGUGCAAGGCCUUGGCGACAGCUACACUGUGGAGUCCGUAGCUGAUUUCUUCAAGCAGAUCGGCAUCAUCAAGGUAAACAAAAAGACUGGCCUGCCCAUGAUCAACCUGUACACAGACCGAGAGACCGGCAAGCUGAAGGGGGAGGCUACGGUGUCUUUUGAUGACCCCCCUUCUGCCAAAGCAGCUAUCGACUGGUUUGAUGGCAAAGAAUUCAAUGGGAAUCCCAUCAAAGUGUCGUUUGCGACUCGCCGGGCAGAUUUCAGCGGCAGUCGUGGUGGCAUGAGGGGAGGCCGCAGCCGCGGAGGGCCCAUGGGCCGUGGCGGGUUUGGCGGCGGUCGGGGGGGUGGUUUCCCUGGCAACAGUGGCGGAGGGGGGGGCCAGCAAAGGGCAGGAGACUGGAAAUGCUCGAACCCAGUGUGUGGCAACCUCAACUUCUCAUGGAGGAAUGAAUGCAACCAGUGCAAGGUGCCCAAACCGGAAGGGGCAGGGGAAAUGUCCCCCAUAGGAGGCUUCGGUGCAGACCGUGGAAGGGGCGGCUUUGACCGCGGAGGCUUCCGGGGCCGAGGGGGGGACAGGGGUGGCUUCAGAGGAGGCCGUGGUGGUGACAGGGGGGGGUUUGGCCCUGGGAAAAUGGAAGGCAGGGGUGAACACAGACAGGAACGCAGAGACAGACCGUACUGACCGCCGCUCACCCAACAUGGGACCAGUAUCUCUCCCCCUCCCCUUUACACUUGUGUUUGGAAGUUGUCCUCAUGGACUCCUUUGCUGUUGUGCUGACAUGUUUCGGUUUUCUUCCUCUACCCUCCCGCAGCAUCUCAUACCCAUAUUAAACUUUUUACAAAGAUAACAUGUCUUAGAUUUUUCUUCCAUGAAGUGAAUGUUUGGAUUGAAAUUAAAACAAACUGUCGAACAAA